GUACGUCUUAUCUGUGAGUCUGAUGGUAGUAAUCCAGCUGCGAAUAUUACUUGGUGGAAAGAAGCAGAAACAGGUGUACCGCUGGCACCUACUGUGCAUUCUGUAGCAGCUGCUGCGGAAAAUGGUGGCUUUUCCUCGAAGUCGGUGUAUUCAUUGAAUGUCACUGCCAGUGAUGAUGCAUCCAAGUACACAUGCCAAGCCACAAAUGAAGCUAUCCAGCGCAGUAUACUCGAUUCAAUUAUUUUGAAUAUCUUUUAUAAACCUGUGUUCGAAAUAUCGGAUUCAAAGGUUUUUGAAGUUAAAGAAAAUGAGUCUAUUGUCAUUGAUGUUACCGCGAAAGCGAACCCGGACAAAGUUACAUAUAGAUGGACAAAAGAUAACGACACUGUUUGGGAAGGACCAGUCCUUAAUAUAACAGCUGCAGAAAGGUCACAAACUGGAACAUAUUCCUGUGAAGCUAAGAAUGAUGUUGGAGAAUCAGUGAUAACUAUCGUAUUAAAAGUCCUUUAUCCUGCUAUCAUAUUUAAGAAAAUAGACGAAUCUGAAAAUACGAUAGUAGCCGAACCAGGAACUAUCGUGAAACUUGAAUGCCGGGGUGAUGGUUAUCCCCUACCCAGUGAUGCUCUGAAGUGGAAACGAGAUAACUUUGAUAUGAAUGGACGAACAGAGACUCUAAAGCCGAGUUUUGGGAGGUCUAUUUUGAUUGUGAAGAACGUAACGAGAGACGCAUCUGGAGAGUUCACCUGCAUUGCAGAUAACGGUGUUGGAAAUUCAGAUACUUGGAAGAUUCUCCUUCUUGUUAAGCAUGAGCCGAUUAUAAAAGGUUCAGAAACUUACAAAUCUGUAUUAAGUGAUAGGGGUAAAAGUGCUCAACUGUACUGCAAAGCAGAAGGAAUUCCGGAUGUUAGUUUUUCAUGGUCCUUUGAAGGCGUAAUUGUCUCCCACGGAAAUGACAGAAUGACAAGCGAAGUGAGAAAACUGGACUACUUGACUUGGCAAGGAAAUUUAACAAUCGCAGAUGUCAAUACGAAAGAUUUUGGCGAAUACAAAUGCAUCGCUAGAAAUGAAAUAGGAUUUGCCACGGCUGAAGUAAAUUUGCUACCAGACAGUGCUCCCGAUCCUCCGAUAAUAAUAAAAGUGGUUAAUACAACUAAAGAUUCAAUUCUGGUAACAUGGGUUCCUGGUUUCAGUGGAGGACAUAACCAGACGCACCGUAUUAGGUUCAAGUCGCUCCUGGAGCCAGCUGCAAGUUACAUUGAUGUGCAUCCCCCUGCGACUAACUCUGUAUGGAUCCAAGGACUUAAGCCUAGCACGGAAUAUGAAGUGGCUAUUAUGUCUAUUAAUGUGAAAGGAAGUAGCCCGUAUACGACUGAUAUUGUAAAAGCGAAAACGUUAGAUCUCAAAGAGGAAACUUCUCGAAGAGUACCUGAUGAAAGUGAAGAUCUCUCCUUUGGAGCCAAUCUGAUUGAAUUAAUUGCAGGCACUGUGGGAACAGUAUUCCUUGUGCUGCUUGUCUUUAAUAUUGUAUUGCUUGCUCUUUAUUACCAUAAGAAGAGUCCCAAGCGAAAGAGGAAAUACGUUUCAGAAGAAAGUUUUUCAAGUUUCUCCUCAGGAAGUUCAAUAUCCCAAGUGGAAUCUGAAGAGACAACUCUCAGUAGUUUCCCAAGCGAGACUAUAAAAACGUCUUUGGAAGAAUCUUCAACUUAUUCUCGAACCAGCAGCUAUUCAAAAUCGAAGUCUGAAAGAUAUUAUUCAGCAGAAGAUAUGGAAAGUAGUAGAAGUAUCAGUGGAAGUACGGGUCCAUAUACUGGUUCAUAUAGUGAAGAUUAUUCUGAAAACAUAUAUCGCAGCCCUAAAUAUUCACCUAAAGUAUUUAUUUGAGUUUCAAGAAAUAAACAAGCCUUCAGGAAAUGUUCUACUUCUCAUCUCAUGUCUAACUCCCAGCCGAAAAAUAGACAUUUUAAGAUAUGAACUGCAAUCAUUGUUUCUUUAUUCCGUUCAUCAGAAAUUUAUUU